AUGAGAAAAAAAAGAAAAAAGUACAGCAGCAUUAUAAAUAACAGACACAUCACUCGUUCCGUACCAUUCUCGUGGUCAUCGACGAGUUUACAAUGUCAUCUCCAGAGUCGACAUUUUCCUCAUAAAACUUGUCUUGAAAGUUCAUGGAGAUGGUCAACAACAUCGACAGCAAUCUUAUUGAACCACGAUAAACAAAUCUUGUUUCAUCCGAGAGUAAGUUCCUCAACCGAAGUCAUUCUUGCUGAUCGACCAUUACCAUGCCAUGGAAAACACUAUUGGGAAAUCUAUAUGCCAGCUGUAUAUGGCACAUCAAUUAUGUUUGGUAUAGCCACGAAUCAGCAAAAAUUAGUCUCAUCCAAUUUUAUUGAUUUAAUUGGAAGAGAUCAGCACGGUUGGGGUUUAUCACACCAUGGAUUAUUAUGGCAUAAUGGAGAAUCACGGCGAUACUUAACGAAAUCAUUUGAACCACUUCAACCGGUUUUAAUUGGCUUGGAAUUUGAUGCUGAUGCUCGAACGCUUUCAUAUAGUGUCAAUAAUCAAUCGAUGGGCAUUGCUUUCCAUUCAAUACCAAAAACGAUGCCAUUAUAUCCAGCUGUAUCAUCAACAAGCGCACAGUGUACAAUGAUUCUCCAACAUUGCUGUCAAUUAUGUUCAUCGUUACGUGAAAUUUGUUUGAAAUUAGUUAAAUCAAAGCAAUUGAUUAAUAGUCGCAAUUAUCAUUUAUUUCCUCGACAUAUUUAUUCUUUUCUUUUGAGCUGA